CCAAACUCAAAAGCUAAAUGCCCCAUAAAGGAAUAACACCACUCUCAUCCAUGUUCUAUCACUUGUCAAUUACUACAUUAGCUCCUUUUCUUUUUCUUCUCUCUUCACUGAAACCAGUUCAGUGGGACCAGAUUCUUAAAUGUCUGAUGUUUGGGAAGAAUACUAGUUAGGAGACACGUAAAUUCACUAUUGAUUUCCUCAAAACAUUUUUUUACUUUUCUUUGAGUUUCUCUGUGAUCGUCAUUUCCCCAUAAACUUCUCAGGGGAGGGCAGAGACACCAUGCUUGGAGAGAACGAUGACAUGCCUAUUGGAUGGCCUCUUGGACUUGGCUUCUUGAAUAUGAGACUUAGAGUUGGGGAAUCCCUCCCAGCAGCUUCAGUGGCACCAUACCAAUUGCACGUGCCAUCCACCAGUUUCUCUUCAUUUUCAUCCUCUAAUCUUGAUACAGAGUCCACGGCAUCGUUCUUCCAAGACAACAGUGUGUCCCUUGCGCAGCUAAUUGGAAUUAGAUCAGGUGAUAGAGGACGCUUGUACUUUCCAAACUCAUUGAGGUUUGAAGAAAGGAAGAAGAAAUUGGCUAAGUGUUCAGGUUCUGGUGGCUCUAAAGUACAAGGAAUGGAUGUGUCUCGAGUCAUUUGCAUACCCAUGCUACGUCAUACCCUGCUAAAGAUUAGAAAGAGUAAGAAGAGUUCAAGGAACUAGAACAUGAUUGAACCAUUUGAAUAUGCGAAUUCAUAUUUCUGUUGUUGCUCCGUGUCAAAAUUCAUUAAUGAUUUCGAGUUAUUUCAGCCAGUUUUUCUUACACGAACCGUUUUAACUUUCCCAAGUUUGUUGUGCUUUUGUUUUAUUUCAUUCUACGGGAAUAUAAUAAAAGAAGGUUACUUGUAUUUU